AUGCAGAUUCCCAAGAAGUCGAUUUUAAGUGCUCUACAGGGCGUUGCACAAGCAACUAAAACCCCGGAAGAAAACACAGACCAAAUUAAACAGUUGUUCGCAUCACAUUAUACACAACAUGUCGACAGCAAUAGCACAACACACACAAACGGAGAUGCAACUGAUGAGCGUUCUUUCGACGACUGGAAUACACUUGUAAAGAAUAACACACUCAACUUAGACGACACCGCGCUUCAUAUCGCCAGGUUAGCACUUGCGAUUUCCCUCCUUCGUGAAACGUGCCGCCAGAACCAACCCGCAUCGCCAAAAGACCUAGAUCAAAUCUGGGGCAUUAUUCACGAUGCUCUGACCAGCAAGAACCUAUCUCGCAAUCUCUUCACAGCAAACCGCAGUGCACAGGGUUUACUAGCCGUCCCAUUAUGCAGUCUUCUUAAAGAUGGCAGCAUCGACGAGCUAUUCCGUCUUCACGUUUGGAUGCCAGACGGCAAGCGCGCAAACCCCGACUUCGCACUUCACUCACACCAGCCCUUUGCACAAAGCUGGAUCCUUGCCGGCGAGGCCCGCGAUCACGCAUACCAAGUCGACCCAGUUGAUGACAUUGCUGAAGCAACGCAUGCCGGGUACGCACUCGCGUGGAACGACGGCAAGGGUCAGAAUAGGAAUUACAAGACACAUCAGUCGUAUUCCAUUGUCCAGAAUACAGGGAAAUUCUUCAAAGCAACUGAAACGUCCACGGAGCGGCAUGCCAGGAAUGAUUCUUAUUCCAUCCCCGCGGCUGCGUUUCAUGCUACGGAAGUCGCGCCAGAUGCUUUACACGCGACCUUGUUCUACUUUGAUUCCCACCGUGGGUUCGUGAAGGAUGCGGGUGUGCUUGGCCCUAAAGAUGGAGAAUCAUACACUCAAUUUCGCGAUCCAGCGGGGAUUACACCUGCUGAGUUGGCCGAGGUUGUCGAGGCCGCUCGAUCUGAAAGUUCUUAG